UUCCAUAGCUGAACUCGAAUCUCUCAUCAAACUUCACGAAAUUAUACAGCUCUACAACAUGCGCUCCGGCAAAUUCCUCGCCAGCUCCGCUUCCUUAUUCCUUGCUCCAAUGAGCAUGGCACUUUCUACGCUCCCGCCUAUAACUUUUUCUGAAGACCCAAAAAUUUGCCUUCCCGGCGGAGGCGUGACCUCUUUUUCGAAUUGCCCUGCUCUUUUUUCUAGUAUCAACUACUGUAAUGAACCUAGCGUUAUUACGGCUGGGCCAGAUCCUUUUGCCUGCAUCUGCAACCAAGAUUAUCUCAAUCUUCUCUUUGGGUGCCACGAUGAAGAGCGAUUAUGCAUCGGAGAUACCGAUCUCGAUGCUGGCUUUCAAUCUGGUCUCGGUGCCUGGAACAGUGCCUGCGAGGCUUUGACGACGGCAGCUAUCACAACUCCACUAGUUUCUUCCAUAAUUGUAUCAGCGAAUCUCGACUGGUGCACAACAGUCUUUUUAGCUUGCGAGAGCUUUUCGGUCUCACAAGAGGACUGCAGUAGUUCAUACUCCGGAGAAUACUUCUUCUCCUGUGCUUGCAAGCCCAAUAUCUUGUCUCUCAUGUACACUUGUCAGUUUCUGGCCAAUACUUCGUGCCUUGACUCCUCUGCUGCUUUAACGAAUCUUGUAUACUACGGUUAUUGCCCGAGUUUGGUUUCUGUUCUGGGCCCCUUGGUAAAUGAGACUGCACCCGCUUUAACACCUGCGACGAUUACUUCAAAUGGGAAUCCUUCUAAUACACCUUCAAACCCGGAGACUUUGACAGCACCUCUUGCGCCAGGUUCGUCAAAGAUAGCAACAGGUCCAACUGCUACAAAGUCAUCGAUUGGUAUAGGAUUGAACAGAUGGAGUCCAGGACAAAAAUCCAUUUUUGGUGUUUUCUUCUCACUCCUUCUAAUGCUUGGAUGGUAGCACUGAAGUUAGACUGCGCGCCAGUUGGUUGAAGAAGACACAAUUCUAGAGCUAUGAAGGUAGCUGCGGAGAGUAUAUAUAGGGUGGCCCCCCUUAAGGGACUAGUCCUAUUACGAGGUAAAAUACACGUAAUUUCCAACUGAUAUACUACCGCCCCGCCCCCGCCCCCAGGUGUAACUGUGAGCAGGAAUGCCUGAAAAUGCUAAAGCAUGUGAAAUACAAUAAAUAUAUCCUUCAGAAGUCCGAAUCUUGAUUUUUCCAGGACCCAAGGAAGCCUUAGAACUAAGUCACGUAUCUAAUGAUUGUCUCUAUACGA